CUAUCCUUAAACCCUUCUUUUAAUUCUACUUCUCCUCUCUCUUCUUUUUAGGGCUUUUUUAAAUUGGUUGUCGAUUUUGUCUGUAAUUACUAUUCCUUAUCCGUCGUCUCUCUGUAACUCAACUUUUCUCGCCGACGAACCAACAGCAUUUUUGAAUAAACCUACGUGACUGAUAAAGAUGCUUGCAAAUGGAUACGUGCCAGGGCAGGUCUUUGGCCAGACACCAAGCUAUCCUUUCUCAAAAUUUGUCAAUCAAUCUCAGUUGGGAGCAAAUGCUCUAAAUCAGUACCCAACAAAUGACCUGAAUAGCCUGAGUGACUGGCGCAAAGAUCCCAGAAUCAGUUUCUUUCGUGAUUUAGUUAGAGAGAAAAUUGCUGAAAGUUGUAAAUUGGAAUUGCAAGAGCAAGGAUCUAAUAUUGUAAAUGUCUUAGAAAACAAACUAUUUAUGGAAGCUGUUUCAGAGGAGGAGUAUAUGAAUCUGGAUGUACUGAGAGAGCGGUUGCAAAAUUUUUAUCAAAAGGACAUGGUUGACCUAAACUGUAGUCAACAAGUGUCCAGCUACAGUGGUCCCACCUGUGAAGUGUUGCCAGCCCUGGGUUUGACUCAUAGUUGCAAUUCAGAUGCAGCAUACCCUCCUUUUAAUCACUUCAACAAUGAUAUUACUGACUAUAACCCAAUGAUGGCUGGAAACAAUGAUCAAUUUAGCUUCCUAAAAGGAUUUCUUGAUAGUGGAAACAAGCUAGGACUUGCAAGUUUGUACUGUGAUUCACACAUGAGGAAGAUUUCUAAUGAGUUGCUUCCUUCACAUGAUAGAAGUUCUGUCAUUACAUCAUUUUCGGAUAGGGGUUCCACCAUUACAAGAAAUUCCAACAGUGAUAAAGUUUCAGAAAUUGGAGCUUAUGAAGGUGGACCAUUCUUUUCCAAGGGUGUUGCAGAUGACCUGAGCCUUCCUGCAAUGGCAUUUUCAUCUACACUCAGAGAAAGCUCAGAGUUCCCCAAUUCAAUUUUGCAGAUGUCAGAACUUGUUCCCCAAUUGAUUUCUGAAGACACUAUUUUUCCUAGCAUGGAUUUUUCCAUAAUGAAUUCAACUCUUGGUGAUGUAGUGCAACCUAAAUCACAUAUUCAAGAGCAGAAGCAGCAGAGGCCUUAUUCAUCAUAUGAGCAAUUCAGUAACCCAUUGGAGAUGGCUGGAGAAAUAGUUCCUAUUCAUUCUCAUUUCCCCUCAGAACAGAUACAUGGAGUUCAUAUUGCUUUAGAAAGUUCUUCACUUCUUUCCAGUUCAAACGGAAUUGCUGGACCAGCAAAUCCUAGCAACCAUUUGCAUUUUUCUGUUGAACACAAGAGUUUACAUGCUUAUAGUAGCUGCAAGAGUCCUGCAAUUCCAGCAGAUCAAUUUAAUACCAGUAAACGUCACCAAAGUUUUCAAAAUAUGUACAAUGGUCUUAUGAUGGAUUCAAGCACUACUGGAACCGGUGGGUCUGGCUCUUGUGCUUCAGAAAACAUGCUGCCACCUACAAAACGUUUCAAGCCCAGCUCUGACAGUUCAGAAAACUUGCUGACUCCUUCAAAGGAUCUGAAGAUUGAAAAGUCCAGUUGUCUGUUGUCAUAUGAAAACAGAAUUGCUUCUAUAUUGGCUCCAUUGAUGGUACAACCCCCUUUUCCUAAAGGACUUCCACCCUUGCUGCAAUUGCCAGAAUCUCCUGUAUCUAUUAAUUCUGAGGUUUUGGAUGGAAACAUUGAAUUUUCAAAGCCCAUGCAAAAUCCUUCAAGUGUAGAUCAGGUUAGGAACAGUGCUGGGUAUAAUCUUUUGAGAAUGAAUGCUGAAAACUUGCAUACUCCUUCUGAAGAACAAAUUGUUGAUGGUCCUAGGACACAGGAGAUAGACUGUAGUAGUUUUGGUGAGAUUGCAGAUGCUGUAAAAGAUAAGCCUAAUGAGGUAUAUUUUAAUAAAUCACCUGCACUUUCUGAAGAGCUGGGUGCCACUUCUAGAGAGGAGGUGAUACAAGUCAUGUCUAAUUUUGACCAUGCCAAGCCUGAUUUAGAAACAAAAAAGGAAGAAGAAAUGGAGCCAGAGAAUCUAAAAACACGAGGUGUGUCUUUGAUUGAAUUUUUCUCAGCUGAUGAAAUAAAGGACCAUAUUUCAAGUCUUCAGCAGUGGAUUGGUCAGAGAAUGUCAAAGGGAGGAAAGGAAAAGCAAGUAAUGCACUGUGCCAAUGAGAAUACAUGCCAGUUGUGUGCAGCAGAUAAGCUGUUACUAGCCCCAGUUCCAAUAUAUUGCUCUUGUUGUGGUUCUCGAAUCAAGUGCAAUGUGAAUUAUUACAGUACCUCAGAGGAAAAUGGUAUGCGGCAUUGUUUUUGUACCUCAUGUUAUAGGGAUUCUCGAGGUGGGAGUAUCACUUUCUUUGGAAUUAGUAUUCUGAAGGCAAAGCUGGUUAAGAAGAAGAAUGAUGAUGAAAUUGAAGAAUCAUGGGUCCAGUGUGACAAAUGUAAACAUUGGCAACACCAGAUAUGUGCUCUCUUUAAUGACAUAAGAGAUAUGGAAGGGAAAUCUGAGUACGUGUGUCCCAAAUGCUGCUUAGAAGAGAUUGAACAGGGGGAACAUUUGCCUUUACCAAGGGCUGCUGUUUUUAGUGCAAAAGAUUUGCCUACUACAUUGCUUAGUGACUACAUAGAGCAAAGACUCUUUAGGCGUCUUCAGCAGGAGAAAGAAGAGAGCGCAAAGGCUCUUGGAAGGAGCCUUGAUGAGGUUCCUGGAGCAGAUGAUCUUGUUGUAAGAGUGGUGUUGUCUGUUGACAAACAGUUGAAAGUGAAGCAGCAGUUUCUAGAAAUUUUUCAUGAUGGGAAUUACCCUGAUGAAUUUCCAUACAGAUCAAAGGUGAUUCUUUUGUUUCAGAAGAUUGAAGGAGUAGAUGUAUGCCUUUUUGGCAUGUACGUACAAGAGUUUGGUUCAGAGUGCAGUCAGCCAAAUCACCGUUGUGUUUAUAUCUCAUAUCUUGAUUCUGUUAAAUACUUUAGGCCUGAUACAAAGACUGCAGCUGGAGAAGCUCUUCGUACAGUUGUUUACCAUGAAAUAUUGAUAGGAUAUCUUGAAUACUGUAAGAAACGAGGUUUUAUCGCUUGCUAUUUAUGGGCCUGCCCUCCUUUAAAGGAAGAAGAUUAUAUCUUAUAUUGCCAUCCAGAAAUUCAGAAGACUCCAAAGUCUGACAAGUUGCGGCAAUGGUAUCAUUCAAUGCUAAGAAAAGCAGCCAAAGAAAAUAUUGUGGUUGAUUUCACUAAUUUAUAUGAUCACUUCUUUGUUCCUACUGGGCAUUUUUAUUGCAAAGUAACGGCAGCUCGUUUGCCAUAUUUUGAUGGUGAUUAUUGGUCUGGUGCUGCUGAGAAUGUCAUCAAGAAUAUUGAGCAACAAAAUGGAGAACAUUCAGGGAGGAAGGUGAAGAAAGUAAUGACAAAGAGAACUUUAAAAGCCUUGGGGCAUACAAAUCCUUCUGGUGGUGUUACUAAAGAUAUUAUACUGAUGCAAAAACUAGGACAAACCAUCUUUCCUUUUAAGGAGGACUUCAUUAUUGUCCAUUUGCGAUUUGUUUGCUCAUACUGCCAUGAAGUGAUAUUUUAUGGAUGGCGUUGGUGUUGCAAUCAGUGCAAAAAUUUUCAGCUUUGUGAAAGAUGCCAUGAUAUGGAGCAAGGCCUUAAUGGUGGGGAAACACACGCUAUAGGUAGCAAAGAAAAGCAUUUACUUUCUAAGGUUAUGGUUGAUGAUAUUCCAUCUGAUACCAAGGAUGAAGAUGCUAUUUUGGAUAAUUGGUUAUUUGAAAAUAGGCAUACCUUCUUGGGUUUCUGUCACAAGAAUCAUUAUCAGUUUGACACACUUCGCCGAGCCAAGCAUUCCUCAAUGAUGAUCCUACAUCAUCUUCAUAAUCCAACAAUUCCCACUACUGGGGAAACCUGCAGCAUUUGCCAGCAGGAUACUGAUACCACAGAUAGUAAUGUUUGUGCCACCUGCUAUAAUGAGAAAUUUGGUUCUUUGCAUAUUCGCAGGUCAACUUAUCACUAUUAUGCAGCUAAUUGUGAAAAUGAGAGUAUAUCUGCACAGCGGAAAAUGCACAAGCUAAAGGAACUGCUAGAUGUUCUACAACAUGCCUCUCAAUGUGAAGCAACCAAUUGUGACCCCUGCUCUUACCCUAACUGCCUUCAAAUCAAAAGGUUAUUCUGUCAUGCAUCUAAGUGCCCCAUUCGGAUCUCCAGAGGUUGUGUGCCUUGUAAAAAGGUGUGGUUCAUACUGAAGCUGCAUGCAGGAAAUUGUGGACAGACAGAUUGCUGCAUACCACGCUGCAGGGAUUUGAAGGCCCGAAGCUAAGUACUUGCACUGCAAUCUGAAACCUCAUGGAAAGCGACAUUUGCAGAAUAUUGGGACAGGAAGCACCAGUGGAUGGGUGAGAAGAAUAGCCAAUAAAACUAACCAAGUGUAUAGUUUGUCAAGGAAGAGAACCAGUUGUACAGUUAGCUGAGUUUUGAAGUAACGGAAGGCAAAGCCAAUUUUGAUACCCAACUUCACAAAAGUAAUUAGGCCUUUAUUAUUAUUAUUUUUUUUUUCUCCCUUUUUCUGGUAUGGUCAUCCAAUGGUGAUAAGAUAGGUAGAGGCAGUUUGACAUAGUGUUGGUCUAGAUCAAUAUCAUUCAUAGCUUCCUGUUGGAUGUGUAUAGCUGGCAAGGUAGCAUUUGCUUUGAUUAUCUAAUCCUUUAUUGACUAUGGGGGAGUUGAUAUAAGCUUCUCGUGUUUUAGUCCUUAAAAAAGUCGGAUUAUUUAUCUUAA